GUAUUUUGGCUUGAUCAGUAUAGCAGUGUGCAAGUGCAUCUGUAGGUGACAAAAUGGCGAUGUCAGAGCAGCUAGAUACAGAAGGAGGCUGUUCCUCCAAGUCGUUCAAACUGUACUCCCCCAAGGAGCCCCCCAACGGUAGCGCCUUUCCCCCUUUCCACCCCGGCACGAUGCUGGACAGAGACGUGGGUCCCACCCCAAUGUACCCUCCCACAUACCUGGAGCCAGGAAUAGGGAGGCACACACCAUAUGGCAACCAGACAGACUACAGAAUAUUUGAGCUCAACAAACGGCUACAGAACUGGACAGAGGAGUGCGAUAACCUGUGGUGGGAUGCGUUUACUACAGAGUUCUUUGAGGAUGACGCCAUGUUGACCAUUACUUUCUGUCUGGAGGAUGGACCCAAACGCUACACAAUUGGCCGGACGUUGAUUCCUAGGUACUUCCGGAGUAUAUUUGAGGGGGGCGCCACUGAGCUCUACUACGUACUGAAACAUCCCAAGGAGUCCUUCCACAAUAACUUUGUCUCUCUUGACUGUGAUCAGUGCACCAUGGUCACCCAGAAUGGAAAGCCCAUGUUCACACAGGUGUGUGUGGAGGGGCGCUUGUACCUGGAGUUCAUGUUUGAUGACAUGAUGAGGAUAAAGACGUGGCACUUCAGCAUCAGACAACAUCGUGAACUCAUCCCCCGCAGCAUACUGGCCAUGCAUGCCCAGGACCCUCAGAUGCUGGACCAGCUGUCCAAGAACAUCACAAGAUGUGGUCUGUCCAACUCUACCCUAAACUACCUCCGACUGUGUGUGAUCCUGGAGCCCAUGCAGGAGCUGAUGUCCAGACACAAGACAUACAGCCUCAGCCCCAGAGACUGCCUCAAGACCUGCCUCUUCCAGAAAUGGCAGAGGAUGGUGGCACCACCAGCUGAGCCAACACGGCAGGCCCCCAACAAGCGGCGGAAGCGUAAGAUGUCAGGCGGCAGCACCAUCAGUGGAGGAGGAGGAACCACCAACAACAACAACAGCAAGAAAAAGAGCCCUGCCAGCGGCUUCCCCCUGUCCAGUCAGGUUCCAGAUGUGAUGGUGGUUGGGGAGCCCACGCUGAUGGGCGGGGAGUUUGGCGACGAGGACGAGCGUCUGAUCACGCGGCUGGAGAACACACAGUUCGACGCGGCCAAUGGCAUCGACGACGAGGACAGCUUCAACAACUCCCCGGCGCUGGGGGCCAACUCCCCCUGGAACAACAAGGCCCCCUCCAGCCAGGAGAGCAAGAGCGACAACCCCACCUCACAAGCAUCGCAGUAGAACCCAGAGCCCCGCAACCUCAACACCAGUCCCUCUCUGUCACUCUUCAGGCCCCACCCCCACCUACCCAGACAUCACCUCAGAGCCCAGAUCAGUCAAACAGCUCAGAGGCAGGUAGCCCGGCGGAGCUCAGGGUGCCAGAGGCUCGAUAACACCCUUCUCAGACGUUGUCGUUGAGCCCAGAGGAAGUGUAAUAGGUUUCAUCAUUUCAGUGACUUUCCAGUACUUUCCAACUCUGUCUCCCUCCUCCUCCUCUUCAUCUCGAUCGUCCAGUCUGUUCUCACUCAUUUCCACAGGUCGGACAGCAGGUGGACAGAUGUGAGAAAGGAGGAGCAGAGAUUUGUUGUAGGCGAGAACUGUACAGACAGAAGUGUCCAUAUUGAAACACGCAUGUAGGAAGAGGCGGGGCGGAGCGGAUGGUGACAGUGGGGCUUCGAGGUGGUGGCAAGUUGCUUAGGGACAGCUAGCCCACUUAUCCUCUAAUCUGAUUCUCAAUUCUGGUCUGUUCUGUUGAAACGUAAGUUACAAUUCGUUGUAGAGGCUGUUGGGAAUGUGUGUGUGUGUCUGUGUGUGCGUGUGUUUGUGUGCUUGAGUUUGUGUGGUGUGUGGAAGCAGUCAGCCUGAACAAGAAUUGGGGCUUUGCCAAAGCAGAUGGACCAGAAUUUAGAGUCAAUCAUCUAAAUCAUUGACAGUCACACACUAGUAGGAGAGUUGUACUGUGGCACUAGGGAUAUGUCUUACACAUGCACACAUACACACACAUAUACACACACACACAUACACACACACACACGCACGUAAACAUACACUUAUACAUAAUGAUUGAAGGAUUUUGUGUCCCCUAGUGCCCAAGCCCUCUCUGAUUAGACUACAGCAGAUACAUCCUUUUGAACAGAGCAUUUAAAACACACACACACAUGCACAUACACACAGUUACACAUUUUAAGAGUUUUUAUACAGUAUCUAUUUCCCUAGAAUGUUUUUUAAUUUGUAUUAAAACUCCUUCAUUUCAAUUGUUACUUUUUUUAUUUUCUACCAAUAUUGAAAAGCUACAGACCAAGGAGCAACACAGGACUUUUAUCCCUCCCCUCCUCUAAAAUAUAUUGUUUUUAUCUUUUAUGUUUAUAAAAGAGAAAUAAUUUAGUGUGGAUGUUUUUAUUUUUGUCUUUUUUUCGUUCCUUUUUUGGAGAUUUGAAUUUUUGUGUAUUUGUGCUUGUAUAUUUAAGGUAGUAGCAAAGUUCUGUCUGACUGUAAUAAAAUGUAUUCUUACUUAGAUUUACCUAAAGCCAUCCCAAUCUAAUGUAAAGAAAAACAAAAAAAAGGAAAAAAGGAGAAAAAACACCCAUGAACCUUCCCCUCUUUCUUCCAACCCACUCUUCUCUCCUCCCUCUUUUUUUAAAACUUGUGUAAAUGAAAUUACAAAACCCCAGGGGUACAAUGGCACCAUUGAGAGGUGAUUUUUUUUUUUCUCCAAUUUAAUUUCUUGAUUUUUAUUUAUUUUGGUAUAUUCCGAUAUUUGUUUCUGUAUAUUUCAUGUAUACAGGAAAUGAUUUUUCACAUAACAUUCAUCAAAAUUCAGUCUCCUCCCAUUUUCAACUUGAUGUCAAGUGAAUUUACUAGCUGAAUUUGUUAGCUGACCAGUGAAUUUCAUGUUUUUAAUCACUGGCUGAAAUCACAGGUUUUUAUUAGUUUUGGGCAAAAUUGUCUUCAUUUGUGUGGUCUCUUUCACAACCCACAGAGUGGUACCCUCAGUCACCCAAAAACCCUCUAAAACCAGCUUUACAUCAAGUUCAAUUGGCAUCCAUCUGGUAGCAAUGCUGAGUCUCUUUCUGUAAAUACAGCUAAAGCUCUGUUAUUGUUCUGUACAUUUCCAUUUCAUCACAGUUACUUCCAGCAACAGUUAUGAUUAAGUUUGAAUGGUGACUUGUACCUUCUGCAAACCCUGUAGAAAAAUCAUUGAUAUAUAUUUUUUUGAUUUGGUUAGUUUUUGCCCUUGAUAAUUAAUGUAUGGUACCAAUAAAAAGAUACAUUUUCACUUUAAAAGAU